UGAUCUGCACCACAACGACAUUGAGGAGCUGCAGGAGAACAACUUCCAUGGUCUGAUGUCUCUGUGCUCUCUAGAUUUGUCGUGGAACAGAUUAACGUCAGUGAAGCCGAACUCGUUCUCUGCUCUACCCGCUCUGACCAAACUCGACCUGUCGUCCAAUCAGCUGUCCUCCCUGAGUCUGAUUGGUCUGCAGAGUCUAACUCACCUGCGAUUGGCUGGAAACGAUCAGCUGAUGGAGCUGAUACCUCGAGAGGAUCUGCCUCGAGUCAGGGUGAUGGAGCUCCCUUACUCCUUCCAAUGCUGUGCCUUCACCUCCUGUGAGAGGAGAGGAGGAGGUUUGUCGUGGGAGAGAGAGGAGGUGGUCGACUUCAGAGACAGCUCCGUCCUCUCCAGUCAAGCUGAUCAGGACUGGGAGGAUUUCCUCAUGGAGUCUGAAGAUGAAACAAAACCUCAGCACGUGGUUCACUGCAGCCCAGCACCAGGUCCGUUUCGUCCCUGCCUCCAUCUGCUCGGCAGCUGGUUGAUCCGUGGGGGGGUGUGGCUCAUCGCAGCGCUCUCGUUGGUCAGCAACAGCCUCGUCGUGCUGUCGAUUUUCUUUUCGCCCGCCACUUUGGUCACGCCCCCCAAGCUACUGAUUGGCCUGCUGGCCCUGGUGAAUGGCCUGAUGGGAGUGUGGACCGGCUGGUUGGCCGCGGUGGACACGUGGACGUUUGGGAGCUUCUGGAGGUAUGGAGCAAAGUGGGAGAGCAGCUUCCUGUGUCGACUCAGCGGCUUCCUGUGUGUGUUUGCGUCUCAGACGGGUCUUUUCCUGCUCACUGUCGCAGCUCUAGAACGAUGCUUGGCCGCCGCCACACGACGCGACAAAAUCAAUGACGGCAGCGGUCGCUCCUCGUCUCCGUUCUCCGUGCGUCUCGCUGUCUUCCUGUGUUUCCUGUUGGGUUUGGCCGUCACGCUGCCCCCCCUGGUGGCCGGACACAGUAGUACCUCCCUCUGUUUGCCGCUGCCAUCCUCCUCUUCCUCCUCUUCCCUGGCCUUCUCCGUCUCCCUGGUGCUCCUCGACUCGUUGUGUUUCCUCGUCAUGACGCUCGCCUACACUCACCUCUACUGUCGGGCCAACAAAGCUCCGCCCACCUCAGAGGAGGAGGCGGCGCUGACCCGACACGUGGCCUGGCUGCUCUUCGCCGACUGCCUCCUCUACCUCCCUGUGGCCUUCCUCUCCUUUUCCUCUCUGCUGCACCUCCCCGCCACUGGGCCCGACGUAGCAAAGGGCGUGCUGCUGCUUGUGGCGCCGCUGCCGGCCUGCGUCAACCCGCUGCUCUACCUCAUCUUCAACCCCAUCGCCAGGGAGGAGCUGGCGGCGCUGGCCAAAUACAUCUGCAGGGCAAGGCAUCAGCGAGGAGGAGGAGGAGGAGGAGGAGGGAGGUCGACGACUGUAAAGAUGGAUUCAACGUACGACGAGGACGCAGAGAAACAGUCAUGUGACUCGACUCAGGCGCUGGUGGCGCUCGGAGGCACGAAGGAGGACGAGGAUGAGGAGAGAGGGAGGAUGAAGAGCGAGACACAACGUUCAGUAGUGUUUGUUGUUCAACGUCACUAGACUCACAAACACACACACACACACACACACACACACACACACUGAUUUGACUGUGGCAGCACAUGUAGCAGGACGAGGACGGUGAAAGAAAAAAAACAAAUGGACGCACCGCACGUUUGACCCCGACUCUCUCACUUUCUCUUUUAUUGUCUGCAUUUGUCUCUCGACCGUUUUUUUUUUUUUUUUUCUCGUAACGUCAAACUAAAGAACUGAGCUCCAUUAACUUCUGCUCCUUUGUGAUUGGCCAGUUCUGGAUCACAUGGGAGAAGACACACACACACACACACACACACACACACACACACACACACACACACACACACACACUGAUUUUACAGCAUUGUGUUACUAAACAUUCACCAAAUGUUUAAGCAAAUGCUGUUUACAGUGUGUGUGUGUGUGUGUGUGUGUGUGUGUGUGUGUGCGUGCGCAGCUCAGAUGUUUUUGCGAGUGUGUGUCAAAGCUGCAGCGUCCGUGCGACUUCUGACACUGAUUUGAAAACUGAAAACAGGAACGUGAAGCUCAUGUUCAGAAAAAACAACUUUUAAAAUAAUCACUUUUAUUUAUUUUCUCAACAAAGUGAAAAAAUGUCGUCAAAGUUUCUAAAACAGUCGAAGAAAUAAAACAAAAACAUUUACAGAAAUAAUUCAUUUUUAUUCAUUAAGAUGAAACUUCUGCUCGGAACAUUUGGUUUCAAACUGUUUUAACGCGUCGAUGAUUAAUGUUGUAAAUGACAAUCUGAGGUUCCUGUGUUCCACUGGGACGAAUCAUGUGGAUGAUAUUUGUACAAAGAUUCUCGACAUCUGCUGCAAACGUUUUCUUUUUUCUUUUUGUUAACAAAUGUAAAAUGAGUCUGAAGAUUUUACUGAACUUCCUGAAAUUGUUGCAUGAAUGUCGUCAUCGUCCACAUUCUGUUAAAACUAACGACACGUUGUGAGUUUGAAAAACGAACGUUGACCUUCAGCGACAUCUCGUGGUCUUCAUCGGUGGGCAGCUGUCUCCAUGACGACCGUGCACACACAGAGGAGGACGCGAGGUUUGGUUGAAAGAUCCAGGAACCGGAUGUGAUUUGAAAAAAAGAAACUCAUAUGAAUUUACAUUUGUACAAACACACGAACUAUGUUUUAUUUUCUAACGUGUAAGUUCAAAUUGUUGACAUGCACAUUGUGGGGGCGGAGUCUUCUGCAGCAACAGGAAACAAAAAAAAAAACUGAAUGUGUGCGAGAGUUUGACUUUCGCACUUUUUGUGAUCGGCACUUAAAAUCAAAAAAAAAAAAACUUCAUAAGCUUUGGUUGAAAUGUUUUGUUGUAAAUUGUUGUAGUUUGUAAAACCUGGAUGUAACUGCA